AUGUCCCGCCCGGCUGCCUCGCCCUGGAGGAGCUUUGCACACCGCGCCGGCGCUGCGACUGCGCGAAGAAGAUGCAUCAACAUCGCUGCCACCCACGCCUCCACCGAGCCUGCGCUCGACCAGCAGACCACCAUCGACGCUGCGGCCACGCCCGUAGUCUCGCCUGAUGCGCAUUUCGAAGUCAUCGGCUCCCCAUUCUCCCUCCUCUCCGUUUCCCUUUCGGCCUCGCAAACCCUCUUCACCCGCCGCGGUACCUUGGUCGGUCUGAGCGGCAAGUCGGAGAACACACUGUCCACCCUCUCCUUCCUCGAGCCCUUCAGACGCGCGCCCGUCGGCAUCCCCUUCCUCUACCAGAAGCUGUCCUCCACCACCCCACUCACAGCCCUGGUUUCCACAAAGUCGCCCAUAUCGAGCAUCGUCACAGUGAACCUGGAUGGCCGAAACGACUGGAUCAUCAGCCAGCGACAGGCGCUGCUGGCUUGGACAGGCCACACCCUGAGCUUGAAGCCGCAAUACAACGUGAAGCUGGGUCUGGCGCACUGGGGAAACACAUACAUUACAGGACGUGGACUCCUCGCCCUCGCAGGGAGUGGUCAGAUUUACCAGGUGCAGUUGAAGGCUGGCGAAAGCUAUGUUGCGCAUCCAGCCAACGUUGUAGCCUACACCGCAUCAGCAACACCACCAAUGCCCUUCCGCUUCAAGUCGUCCAACUUCCGUUUACAGGUGCCUGAUCUCGGCUUCGGAUCGUUUGUACAGAACGCCAAGUUCUUCAGGGUCAUGAGCCAAACUACAACUUGGCGAGCCAUCUCAACAACAUAUCACACGCUCAAGACAUGGUUGCGACGGUCAAUCUGGGGAGACAGGUUAUUCCUCCGCUUCGAAGGUCCUACAACCAUGCUCCUUCAAUCUCGAGCCUCCCGCGUCAGCGACGUCCUGACCCUGAAGGACGUCAACGAGAUCGCUGAGAGCCAGCCAGGAGCUGUGCAAGAUGCAGUGGAUCGCAAGAUCAAAGAUGAGAUCAAGCAGAUCGGUGCAGGUACGACCGCACCGGGCGUUCAAGAGAGCUCAGUAGGCGCAGUCAAGUACGCCACAAUCAGGAGCGGGAAGGCAGUAUUCGAAGGGCCUUCAACACCAGCAUCAUAA